AAUGGCUGCUUCCUGGAAGGUGCUGUCACGUGGAGCUUAGCCUUAGCAUCCUGAACUGGUAGAAUUAAAAAAAAAACGCUUUCUUUGGAACUUUCAGCCUUUAAGAACCAGUCACCUCAAGAUCUCGACAUCAUGAUCUCAGUUUCAACACAACUGUUCCUAGUUCUCUUUUCAUUGCUUCUGGUGCUGCCUGUUGUGGAAGCAGUAGAAGCCGGAGAUGCAAUCGCUCUCUUGUUAGGUGUGGUUCUCAGCAUUACAGGCAUUUGUGCUUGUUUGGGGGUAUAUGCACGAAAGAGAAAUGGACAGAUGUGACUUUGAAGGGCCUCCUGAAUCAAACCUUGCCCUGAAAACCUUUGUGCUAUUGAGGUUUAGAACUGAGUUUUGGUGUCUGAAAGUUCUCAAGAAACAGUAAAUACGGUAGCUUCAUAGUCUUGGUUAUUUCCCUAUAAAUAGGAACAAACUGAUAUGUUAAAUGGAAAACAAAACGUUUUCUUCACAACAAAUAAUGCACUGAAAAAUGCCGUCUGUAAUUUGCAUUUGCUAGUUAGAAAGAAGGUCAAAGAAGUGAGAUGGCUGAACUCUGCAUAAGUAAUAUUUCAUAAUUUCAGAAUUCUCAAUAAUAAUAAGAAAACUCUUGCCCAGAAUCCUAGGAAAUUGCCACUGUUUAGUUAUAAUCACUGCCUCCUGCAUCACUGAGGAGUCUUUUCUCCAUAUUUUUAAUGCAUUUUUGUUUUGUUAUCUCCCAAGUUAAUAUUGUACCUAGAUAUUAAAUACAGUUGGUCAAAAAAUUAAAACUUAUCUCUUUGUGGGGGAAAAAGUUUAGAAAAUGUAUUCGAUGUAUCUAACGUUGAAAUGGAGAAAAGAUUUAAUGUAAAAAAAUACUUUAUAUUGACACUGAAAUGGAGAAAAGAUUUAACGUUUAACAAAAACAAAAAAAUCUUUAUAAACUGCUAACAUCUCCAUGGUGAGAAGUACUAUAUUAAAUAUAAACCCAUUAUGUAAGUUACUGUGUGGUGUUUAUUUCAGACUGCUUUUAUCUUUGUGUGAACUUUUUAUAAAGUAAGUGGAGAAGAGUAGGAUGCCUUACCUUAACUGAUCACACUAGCUUGUAGAGAUACAAUCAGUGAAAAAAUGAGAAAUGGGCAGCAUCAAGGGAGGGGAGAGGCCUCUGGUAGAGAAUCCACAGAUGCAGAAGGAAAAUGUAAUGGCCUAUACUGAUUUACACACAAGCCAGAUGAGGCGUAAUCUCCCUGACCUUGCUACUUAAGGUGUCCUCACACUAGCAGCAUCACCUUAGGACUUGUUAGAUCUGCAGAAUCUCAGGUCCCACCCAGACCAAUUGGAUCAGAACUUUUGUUUCAAGAACCCAGGAUAAUUUAUAUGCACAUUCAAGUUUAAGAAGAUUGCUCUAACUUGUUUGAGCCCAAGGAUCACCCAAAGCACUUGAUAAAAACUGUUAGAUUCUCAGGUUCCUCUCCUGGUUGCACUGUAGUAAUUGUAGGUUGGGGUCUGGAAUUCUAUGUUUAACAAGGGUCUCCAGUGAUUCCUUUGAUUGUGUAGAUGCAGCCAGCAUAGAAUUGUAUGAGUAAAUCAAACUACUAUAGGGUCUUAAUGAAAGCAGGUAGUCAAAUUUUUUCCUAAAAUAAUGCAUUAUCCCAUCUCUAGCUCUCCAGGUAACACUGGGAGCCUUAAUUUUGAUCAGAAAACAGGCAGCAGCAAUCUAAAAUCCUUAAUGUGCAUUUCUCCAGGUGUGAGCAGACCUGGAUUUCAUGAGGGAUUUGGUAGAGGGUACAGAGAGUGAGGGACAGCCACACUGUAGACACAGAAACCACAUGGAUCUGUUUUUGUUAUACUUGUUUUUUCACCAAAGAAAACACUAAUAGUUUUUUAUUCUGAUAAAUUGGCUGUUAUACAUUGUGUAAUCAAUAGAAUUUUUUUAAUUUUUAUUGGAGUUUAGUUGCUUUAUAAUAGAACUUUUUUACAUGUUUUUUUUUGAAAGAUGGAAAAAGGAAUGCAGAUUGCGGGCCAGUUUGUCCUAUCUCAUAAAAUACCAGCCUAUUGGUACUGAUGUAGAGAGGCUGCUCCUGCUUCCUUGUAUGUCUGAACUUUUUGAUUGGCAUUGGGAGAAAUCAUACCUAAAGUACAUUUUUUUAAAAAACAGGAAAGCCUGUUUUUGUUUUUACUGGAGGCUCAGGUAGCACAUGACAGUUCAUAAAAUGGCUUCAGGGGUAGGGGAAAUCUAAAGUACAUUUUGAAUCACGGUGCACUGUUUAUUUAGCCACCUAUAGGUAAUAUUUUUUUAAUGUUCAAAAUAAGACUACAAGCAAACAUUCUUUGAUAAACCUGUAUUUCCACAAGUGCCUAGAAGAAAUCAGAAAACUGCCAUUUUCCUAUUUUCUCCUUAAAAGUAGAGAAUUAUGAGGUGGCUUUCAGGAAUUUUGAUGUAUAUGAUGGGGAAUACCUUCUCUGUUUUUAGCUCUUUUCUAUCUAGGUUGGAUUAUAUAGUUUUGCCUGAAAAGAGCAGAAACUCUUAAUGGUGGCUCUUAACGUUUUGGGAGCCACCAGCUCCUUUGAGACUCUGAUGAAAGCUAUGGUCCUUUCCCUAGAAAAAUGCACAUACAUGUUGGCAUUUUUUUAGAUUAAUUUCAGGGAGUUCGCAGAACUGAAGCCCAUCCAGAAAUCCCAAAUUACAAACUUCUGCCCUUUUAUUUCCUUUUUUUGAGGUUCUUUCCAAUUCUGAAAUUCCUUGAUUUGCUCUGAGGGAUAAUACCCACUGUGGAGCAAUUACAGGAAGAAUGGGAUUAGCAAAUGUCCCCUGGGUGCCCAGCAUAAUUUGCAGAUAACUAGUAAAUGCUCUGUACAUGUUAGCUUGGUUGAGUCUGGUUAAAAAGAAGACUAAUAGCCAAAAUCAACAAGGGAAGCGCUGGUAACCAGCCUAUUCCUCCAAUGCCAAAAAUCAGUGCGUUUCCUGUCAUUUCUCUCUGGCUGCUUUCAAGAUAUUUUUUCUCUGUUCUUAGUUUUCAGAAAGUGAUCUGUGGUAUGUCUUGGCAUAAAUAUCUUUGGGUUUAUCCUGUUUGGGAUUUGCUCAGCUCGAACCUACAGGUUUGUUGUGUCUUUUUCCCAAAUUUAGGUAAUUUUCAGCCAUUAUUUUUUCAAAUACUCUUUCAACCACAUCUACUUCUUUCCUUCUGGGACUCUGUCUGCCUUAUCACUGCCAGACAGAGGUAAAAGUCCAGAGGGAACCUCAUUACUGUUCCCUAUGUGCCCUCCUCUGACCCUGCAGGUGGGGUGCCUUGUGGCUACUGGGUGGGAGUAGGAGUUCAGACUCCGCAUGUGUUCUCCACUGGCCCAUGGCCAUGUCUAAGCACAUUGGCAUUUCUGGGUUGCCACCUCGUCCAGUACCUAGUCAGAGAUCUAUGAGGCAAAAAGAAAAUCUAGAGAAUUCACCACCGUGUCUUCUGGUCCUGAGGCCCCUAGCCAGUCUGCCUUCUUUCUACCUUUCAGAAUCUUAUGUUUGUUUUAUAAAUAAUAUCCAGGAUUUUUAGCUGUAUUUAGUGGGAGAAAUAGGAAAAAAGAUGUCUACUCCAUCCUCCUGGAAGCACAAGUCUCCUCAGUGUGUAUUUAAAGAGUGGAGGGAUUAAAGCACCAGGUAAAUGAUCGAUUCAAGGAAUUUUACUCACAGACCUUUGUCCUAGGAUCGCUCACAUCUACCCUCCCGUUUUCACCCAUCCAAUAAUAUAUUGUUUAUUCCUGUCUCUUACCCAAUAAGUCAAUCAAGAAUGCAGGAGUGCAGAUGAAGUUUAAAAAAUGAACUGUAUCCAUAUUUUGUCUCAGCAUUGAGAGUGCAAUGGCAGCUUUUUGAAAAACUAUCAAAUGUACCACCUGUGAAGGAGCCAGCCAGGCCCAGGAAAUCUCAGAAGCUACACAUCCCAUGUACCUUAACCCUCUUAGGCUUUCUAAGCUCUGCAGAAGCUUGUCAAAUGCCAUUUCCAACCUUGAGUGUAGGAAAAGUGAUGUAGCUAUAUAGCCUGCAGCACAUAAUGAAGGGAGAAUUUUCUGCAUAGGAACCAAACCAUCUCCCUCCCAGAGAUACAUAUCAGCCUCUUUGAUGGUAUCACAAUAGUGAUUAAGAGCCCAAGCUCUGGAAUCCAAUAGAUCUAGACAGAUAACCAGAUUCCAUCACUUAAAAUGUGAUCUUAGACAGGUCACUUAAUCUCUUGUAAAUUUCUGUCUCCCUAUCUGUUAAAUGGGGAAAAUAAUAGUACGUGCCUCAUAGAUGGGUGAGGAAUACAUAAAAUAAUGACUGUGAAAGACUUGGCAUGCUGGAUGUUAUUAUAAUUGGUAUUUGGAGAUAUCUUCUAGACACAAGGGGAGAAAAACCUACUAGCAUCAAUUUUGUAUUUAUAUAUAAAGAAGACAUCUUUAGAAAGUUAUGUAAACAAAUCUCUUAUUAAACAGUUCAUUAUAUUUUAA